AUGGGGAGGAAAAAGAUUCAGAUCACGCGGAUUAUGGAUGAACGCAACAGACAGGUGACAUUUACAAAGAGAAAGUUUGGCCUCAUGAAGAAAGCCUACGAGCUGAGCGUGCUGUGCGACUGUGAGAUCGCCCUGAUCAUCUUCAACAGCACCAACAAGCUGUUCCAGUACGCCAGCACAGACAUGGACAAGGUCCUGCUCAAAUACACCGAGUACAACGAGCCCCACGAGAGCAGGACCAACUCGGACAUUGUGGAGACGUUGAGAAAGAAGGGCCUAAAUGGCUGUGACAGCCCUGACCCCGACGCAGACGACUCGGCUUUGAGCAAGAAGGAGAACAAAGGUGGCGAGAGCCCGGAGCUUGAAUCCACUCUCAUCCUCACCCCGCGAACUGAGGAGAAAUACAAACAGAUUAACGAGGAGUUUGAUCAAAUGAUUAAAAGUCAUAAGAUACCUGCCAUGCCCCCGUCCAACUACGACAUGCCCGUGUCCAUCCCCGUCAGCAACCAAAACAAUCUCAUCUACAGCCAUCCCGGCGGCUCCCUUGGAAACCACAACCUGCUACCGCUGACACACCAUGGACUACAGAGAAACAGCAUGUCACCAGGAGUUACACACAGACCCCCCAGUGCAGGUAACACGGGUGGCCUCAUGGGUGCUGACCUCACCACUGGCGCAGGCACCAGUGCUGGAAACGGAUAUGGAAAUCAUCGCAACUCUCCCGGUCUGCUGGUCUCUCAGGCCGGCAUGAACAAGAACAUGCAGGCAAAGUCACCUCCACCCAUGAACUUAGGCAUGAACAACCGCAAACCUGAUCUACGUGUGCUUAUCCCGCAUGGCGCCAAGAACAACAUGCCCUCAAUUAACCAGAGAAUAAACAAUUCCCAGUCUGCUCAGUCUUUGGCCACCCCAGUUGUGUCAGUAGCAACUCCCACUUUGCCAGGACAAGGCAUGGGUGGUUACCCGUCAGCCAUCUCCACAUCUUAUGGUACAGAGUAUUCCCUGAACAGUGCGGACUUGUCUUCGCUGUCAGGCUUCAACAGCGGCAGCUCUCUGCACUUGGGCUCAAUGAGUGGCUGGCAGCAGCAACACCUUCAGAACAUGCAGCAUUCGGCCCUUGGCCAGCUUGGAAAUUGCGCUAGCUCUCACUUAUGUCAGGGUUCAAAUCUCUCCCUGCCCUCUGCUCAAAGCCUGCACAUCAAGUCCGAACCUGUUUCUCCUCCUAGAGAUCGUACCAGCAGCACACCGGGGGGCUACGGCGGCGGUGGGGUAGUCCCUCCCCAGAACCCCUCAUCCCGCCAGGACUCGGGCCGCUCCCCGGUCGAUAGCCUGAGCAGUUGUAGCAGCUCCCACGAAGGCAGCGACCGCGACGAGCACAGGAACGAGUUUCACUCUCCUCUAGGACUGGCCCGCCCCGCCCUGGACGAGCGCGAGAGCCCCUCCAUCAAGCGGGUGCGCCUGUCCGAGGGCUGGGCCACAUGA